GAGGGGGGCCAGUCCGCGACGACUCCCCGGACGGCGUUUCUCCUCCGAGCAGCGCCGGUUUCGGCUUUGGGGGGGACGGGGGUACAGCCCAUCCAUGACCAUGGGCGACAAGAAGAGCCCGACCAGGCCAAAAAGACAAGCAAAACCUGCCGCAGAUGAAGGCUUUUGGGAUUGUAGCGUCUGCACCUUCAGGAACAGCGCCGAAGCCUUCAAAUGCAGCAUCUGCGAUGUGAGGAAAGGCACCUCCACCAGAAAGCCUCGGAUCAACUCUCAGCUGGUGGCACAACAGGUGGCGCAGCAGUACGCCACCCCGCCACCCCCCAAGAAGGAGAAAAAGGAGAAAGUGGAGAAGCAGGACAAAGAGAAGCCUGAGAAAGACAAGGAGAUUAGUCCUAGCGUCACCAAGAAAAACACCAACAAGAAGACAAAACCAAAGUCUGAUAUUCUGAAAGAUCCUCCUAGCGAAGCAAACAGUAUACAGUCUGCAAACGCUACAACAAAGACCAGUGAAACGAAUCACACCUCAAGGCCCCGGCUGAAAAAUGUGGACAGGAGCACCGCACAGCAAUUGGCAGUAACUGUGGGCAACGUCACCGUCAUUAUCACAGACUUUAAGGAAAAGACUCGCUCCUCCUCGACAUCCUCAUCCACAGUGACCUCCAGUGCAGGGUCAGAACAGCAGAACCAGAGCAGCUCGGGCUCGGAGAGCACAGACAAGGGCUCCUCCCGCUCCUCCACGCCGAAGGGCGACAUGUCAGCAGUAAAUGAUGAAUCCUUCUGAAAUUGCACAUGGAAUUGUGGAAACUAUGAAUCAGGGUAUGAAAUUCAAAUCCUCCACCUGCCCGUGCUGCUUGCACCCCUGAAGAAUCUUCUGCGGACAUCGACCUCUUAGUCAUGCUGCCAGGAUAAUUCUGCUCGCCAUGGGCAUCUGGCCACCAAGGAAUUUUGCACCCUGAUGAUUACUCUUGACACUUUUAUGUAUUCCAUUGUUUUAUAUGAUUUUCCUAACAAUCAUUUAUAAUUGGAUGUGCUCCUGAAUCUACUUUUUAUAAAAAAAAAAAAUCUGCUGUGCACAAUUUUCCAUGUACAUUACAACUGGUUUUUGUUCUUGUUUUGUUGGGGAUAGGGGGGAGGGCCGGGAGGGAGAGGGAACUUUUAUUUAUUGUGUUCACAAACUCCAUCCUUUCAGCAUAUCCUUUUAAGUUUAGUUCUUUCUUCCAGUUAUACUAUGUACUAUCAGUUUUGAUAUAACUAUAUAUAUAUAUAAAUAUAAAAUUAUAUAUAAAGGGUUAUUUGAAACCAAUUCAUGGCAACGCUGGUGCUUGAUACACUGUGAAGUGAAUACAACAUUGAACAGUUAAAGAUCUGGGACACUCCCUUCUACGAAAGUGCUGAAAUUAAAGUCAGUCUUACAUGAAGUAUAUUCCAACUCACGUGGGAACUUGACUCAUCUGUCUAAAGUGUACUGGACGACAUAAAAAAAAUUUUUUUUAAACAAUGUGAUCUCAAAUGUAAAGACUGCUCCAGGUAGCCUGCAUUUGCAACAGAAUAACUGACAAACCACAGGUGGUUUAUUUGGGAGGGCUUUGGUCAUUCAGAAUAACUAAACUAGCUCUGGAAUGCCAAGUAUUCGUGUAAAUCACAGUUAACAUGUUACCAUUGCCGUUCCUACAUAAGCACUCAUGAAAACACAGUGUUCUGUAACUCGAAUUCCAUCCCUUUAUCCAGACUCUACUCAUGUCUGAGGUGAAUCUAUCGAUCAUCUCUUAGUUUGAGGAUUCAAACCGUCUGAACUGUAUUUGUGGUCUAUUCAAGAAGCAAAUCGUGCUCCACUUGCGCUCGGCGUUGCAGGGCGGUGUUUUGUCAUUGAGAUUUGUUUGCCUCAUGUCCCCCUUUUCUCAUACCCUGCCAGUUCAGUUGUGAGAAUUCUUUUUCUUUCUUAAAAUCUACUCUUGUUUGUUUCACUAAACGAAGGUUAUCAGCUGCGCAGUUCCAACACAAGCUUUGCAAUGUUCAGAGACGUUUCUCAAUUCCCUGCUGUGGGACGAACUCAAGUGGUGAGGGGUUUAAGCAUGAGCCUUCAGUUGCCGGGAAAGCUCUGAUUUCCUGCGAGCCUGUGAUCAUCCUUUUCCUCAACAUUUAGUUUUGAGCAAACUCUCUCCUAAGGUUUCUGUUCACUCAUUCAUUUCAUUGUCUUGAAAAGCAAAAAAACCCAAAAACAAAAAAACCACUAGUAUGAUUCUCCCCUUCCUCAUUUUAAAAAUGUUUUGUUUUGCUUUGUUUGAACUUAGGGUCUCUUCUAUCUGGCUCUUGCACUCAGAUCCUCAGAGUUCAUAGCCUUCAGAGUCAUUUCAAGCAUGGGAACUUGAUGUUACCUUCCUUUAUCUGAUCACACAUUAGGGACUCAUGGGAAGGCAGCCACUUUGUAAUGAAGCAGCCUGUUCUGGUGUGAAAAACCUGGUCUGCUUAAGAAAAGUACCUGUUUGUGGAGGCAACAAGUAAAAAAAAAAAAAUUAACAGCUUGAUUUGAGUAGCCAACAGGAAAGGUUCCUUUCACAUUUACAUUAAAACUAUUCUGUAGUCACUAACGUACCAUAAUUUAAAUUCUCUUUGCAAAGGUAUAGAUGAUAAAGCAGUGCCAUUUGUUGCUGUGGUCCUAUUCUCAGAUGCAUGGACAAUGUUCCCCUCUUCUUAAAAUAAUGCUUGUAUCUGGGAUACAAGCUAUGCUUAUCUUUUUAAAUACAUUUUUAAAGUAUUUAUUAAUGAACCAAAGGAAAUCAGAUGCUUUCUGUGAGCAUCAGAAUAUAUAAUACAUAGUGAUUUGACUAUGAAUUUUAAAUCCACAUUUUAAUAUUAGUGGUAUAUUGCAAAGACAUUCCUUCUAAAGUUUUAAUAUUCCUUUUAUUAAGGGUCUCAGGGAGGGUAAAUUAGUCAGCCAUAUUUAUUUUCCAGAGAUAUAAGGAAUUGCUACGUUUUUUAAUUAACUUUUUUAAAAAUUUAAAUGCCACCAAACUCAUGGGUUGCACUGCUUUUGAACCAAUAAGUAUUGGUAUGCACUUUGUUCAGAAAAACACUGUGUACUUUUUCAAAAUUAGUUUCAUGUAAAGUGAUUGGACCCCUAGAUUAGUGGGAAAAAGCUGAUUAGCCAGCUACUCAUAGGCUGCUAAUUAAUUCAUUGCCAGUGUCGUGGUUUUUCAUUCAGUUUUGCCUCCGUGAUAAAAAUAAGUUGAAGAAUGGGGAGGGGAGAAGGAAGGGAGGAUUGCUUUAGAACAGGUGAGAUGAAAUUGCUGUUUCAAUAGAAACUGCAGCCAACAGUGGGCUUCUCUAAGCAAUGAGACGUUACCAGGCUAGUCCUCUAGCUGCCUUUGUGUGUUCUCUUGAGGUAGCCAGGUGGUAGGUACUUUAGACUUUGAAUUUCUGAAAUUGAUGACACCCCCUCAGGCAUGUAUUCUGGAAAUGGAAUUCUUGUAACUUCCGGUGUUUGCAGUUUGCCCUGCAAAUUAGUAGGCAGCGCGAAAAACACUAGUGUAGAUUAUGAAGAUAUAUAUUAAAAGAGGACCAGAAAUACUUGGUAUUCAGCAGCACAGUAAGCAGGUUAUAAAAACAAAAACAAAAGCACAGUGUUAACGCUUGCAAGUUUCCAUCUGUUUUGAUACCACACGAUCUUUCACUCUGGUGCAUGUGCACACAGAGCUUUACCUGACUUGGCUCUGCUUGAGUCAUGCAGUUAAAAAAAAAAAAGUAAAGACAUCUCUACACCCAGAAAAUAUUUUAAUCAAAACCUUUCAGUUUCAAUCUGGAUAUUUAAAAACAUUGGCAGAAGCUUCUGUGAGUUUAGUUCCACUAAGGUGUUUCACCUGCCUUAUCAAGACCAUUCUCAGUCUACUUUUUUAAGCUACGUAUCUUAAAUUAUUGAAAAUUUAAUUGCUGAAUAUAUAAUAACCUUUGCUUGUAUGUAACCGAAAAUGGUUUAAGAGCCAACAUUUAGAGUAUGACAAUGGAGCUGAACAGUUUUUAAUGCGCAAGCAGUUCUGUUCUUGUGUAUGACUUGUAACCUUAAUUUACUGUGUAAAGAUGGUUACAUUAUUUCCUUAGCUUUGUUUGUUGGAGACAAAUAGAGAAUGCUUGUUAAGUAUGUCAAAACAUAAUCUUAUCUUGUGAAUUUUUGUUAAUGUAUUAUACGAGCUAUAUUUUUCAUUUGCCCAGAAAGACAGCUUGUAUAACGCUUUGGGAAGUUUCUGCUCUGUAAUGUCUUUAGAGCUGACAGUCUGUUAGGUUUGUUUUUUUUCUUCAUGCUAAAGUGUCAGUUGGUGGUUUUGUGAACUGGUCAGAAAUUCACAGGUCUUAAAUGUUUUGGGGAAAUUUAUAUUGGACACUGCUCUUUGUGUAGCAAAUAAAAGAUGUUAAUAUAUUCCUGUUACUGGCAUGUGCACGACUAUGUUAUUAGAAGCCACUUUAUCAUUUUCCUGCUUUAAAUAGAAAUGUCUAUUUAUGAAUUCUGCUUGUAGUUUUUUCACAAAUAAAAUAGUAAAAUUUACAUUGAAAUCUU